AUGGAGGCGGCGGAGCUGGAGUCCCGCUUCCUGCCCUUCCUGCAGCCCAUCCGCGACCUGACCAAGAACUGGGAGGUGGACGUGGCCACCCAGCUGGGCGAGUACCUGGAAGAGCUCGAGCAGAUCCGCAUUUCGUUUGAUGGUGGAAAAACCACCAUGAACUUCAUCGAGGCAGCCCUGCUGAUCCAAGGCUCGACCUGCAUCUACAGCAAGAAGGUGGAGUAUCUCUACUCUUUGGUUUACCAGGCGCUCGACGUCAUCUCCAAUAAGAAGCGAGAGAGGCAGCCAACGUCUGUGAGAGCAGAUGGAACGGAUGCGGAUGUCAGCGCCGGUCCCGAAUCAGAAGAGGAAAAGUUCCUGUCUUUGGAUGACAUUCAAGAGAGCAGCAGAGCGAGCACGGACCUGAGGGAGAACCAUCGGCACAGCACUGUCAGCGUCGUCCCCUUGACUCCCAUGGCCCUGGUGCCCCCAGAGGAGGCGGAAAAGAAGGACAACCCCCUGUUUAGCCGGAAAGGGGAGAUCCUGGCGAGCCGGAAGGAUUUCACGAUGAACAUGUGCACUCCCCAUGCCAGCGGGGCCUUCAUGGUGGAGCUGGCAGGACUUUCACCCACCAAGUGGCCGCCCGGGCGGAACGGCGGAUGCGACGGUGGCAACUCCGUGGGAGCCCAGCAGCUCGCCCCAGGAGCUGGAUGCGUCCCCAUGGAGGCCAGCAUGUGUGAGAUGCCCGUUCUUGCCCUGAACUUCUCCGGGGACGGAGCCGAGGCAGCGAGACCUGAGUGCGGCGACGACGACGACGGAGGGGGCGGUGACUUCGCGCUGGACGUCUCAGAUGGCGGCCCGGAGGCCCCUGCGAGAGUGGCAGAGCACGUUUUGCUUCAAGCGAGCGUCCCCCAAAAGAAAGGAUAUAUGUUGCGGGAGAGACCUCCUGCCCCAGACGCCAGUGCUCAUGUAAAGGAGAUGCUGGACCCCUGGCGCAGCCUCGACCCCUUCAGUUCCUCGGAUGAGAAGCCCCUGAAGAAAGGGAAGCCCUUCACGGUGCCCCGGAGCCUGGGCGACCUGCUAGGCACGAAGCGGAAGAGGAGGACGUCCGUCAAGCUGCAGGAAUUCCCCAAGUGGUUCUCGGCAACGGAGCAUGACAGAGCCGGCGACCGGAAGAGCAAGAAGAGAGGCCCGACGUUUGCCGACCUGGAAGUUCUCUACUGGAAGCACGUGAAGGAGUGCCUGGCUGCCCAGCGGAAGCUGCAGAGGCGGAUGCAAGGGUCGCUGCUGGCCCCUUUGCACGAGGAGCCGCCCCUUGAAGAAGAGGAGCCGGAACCCCCAGAGGAGGAGCGGGAAGAGGACAACAUCUUCGAUGGCGGAGCAGAAGAUGAUUUUGUGGAGCACGAUGACCUCCCUCCACUAGGAGCUGCAGAAGAGGAGGUGCCAGAGGGUCUCAACCAAGUCCCCGAGUGCCUGAGCUAUGAGGACCUGGUCCGGAAGAAUGUGGAGCUCUUCAUAGCCCAUUCUCAGAAGUACGCCCGCGAGACGAUGCUGUCACAGCGCAUCCGGGACUGGGAAGAGAAGAUGGGGCCGCAGCUGGAGGAGCAGGAAGCCCAGGGGCCCUUUGACAUCCACAGCUACGGGGACCGCUUGGCGUCCCGCCUGGGCCAGGUGGGCGAGUGGCGUUCCUUUGCCAGCCUGGUGGCCGGGGAGCCCGCCUUCGAGGUGUGCCGUUGCCUGCUGGCCUCCCUGCAGCUGGCCAAUGAUUACACUGUGGAAAUCUCCCAGCAGCCCGGCCUCGAGGAGGUGGUGGACACGGCGGCCUUGCGCUUGCUGACCCAGGAGAGGGCCCAUCAGCGCUUCCAGACCUACACAGCCCCCUCCCUCACCCAGCAGUGACACCUCCCCCCCCUCUUCAUUGUACAGCCCCUCUUCCUCCUUCGCUGCCUCCUCUCUGCCUCUCCCGGGAGCAUCCGGUCAGCUCCUCCUCGCUGCUGUGCGCCCGGCUGCAAUAAACGGUGCAUUUUGGU